AUGAAUAACGUCUUAGAAGGGUUAGAAGGGGUUGAGUGUGAGAUUGACGACUUAUUAGUCCAUGGAGAAUCACAAGAGCAGCAUGACUCUAGGUUGCAUUCAGUUUUGCAGAGACUACAGGAGUCCAAACUUACUUUAAACAGGGAUAAAUGUGUAUUUAGUGUCUCCACGAUUAAGGCAUUAGGUCAUGUUAUUUCAUCUAAAGGGAUAUCCCCAGACCCUGACAAAGUUAAAGCCAUUUUAGAUAUUCCUGUACCUACAAAUGUUGCCGAAGUUAGAUCUUUCAUGGGUAUGGUGAAUCAAUUUAAUAAGUUUACAAGUCAUCUCGCAUCCAAAUCAAAACCACUCAGAGAUUUAUUAUGUAAAGAUUCUGUUUGGUAUUGGGGCGAUAAGCAAAAUGAGUCAUUUAAUGAUCUAAAGAAAUGUUUAAUUUCUGUCCCAAUUUUGGCUCUUUAUGACCCAAACAAAGAAACUAAGAUAAAUGCAGACGCAUCUUCUUACGGUAUAGGAGGGGUAGUCUUGCAGAAACAAGAAAACAAUGAGUGGAAACCCGUUUCUUACAUUUCACGCGCACUUACAGAUACAGAAUCUAGAUAUAGUCAAAUUGAAAAAGAAUGCUUGGCAUUGACGUGGGCGUGCGAGAGAUCGAGUGAUUAUAUUUUAGGAAAAUCAUUCUCAGGAGAAACUGAUCACAAACCAUUAGUACCAUUACUGACCACCCAUACCCUAGACCAAAUACCACCACGAAUCCAAAGGUUCAGAAUGAGAUUAAUGAGAUUCAACUUAGAGAAAAUGACGCAUGUACCUGGUAAACAAAUGUACACUAGUGAUGCCCUAUCGAGAUUGUUAAAACCAUUCACUAAACCAGAUUGUUGUACCGUGCCAGAAGACGACAUGAAUGCGUUUGUUGAAACUGUGAUUAACUCAUUGCCUGUCUCAGAUAAGAAACUGAAAGAAAUUAUCGAAGCUCAAGAAGAGGACGAAGUGUGCAAGAAAGUUAAGCAAUACUGUCUCGAAGGAUGGCCAGACAAACAUAUGGUUCCAGAUGCUGUGAAGUCAUAUUGGAGAGAAAGAGGAGAACUUACGGUAGUCCAAAGCUUAAUUAUGAAAGGAACAAGAAUAUUGAUCCCAUCCUGUAUGCGAUUGAAUGUCUUGGACAAGAUUCACGAAGGACAUUUGGGAAUUACGAAGUGUCGAGAACGUGCAAAGCAGUCGGUAUGGUGGCCGGGAUUGAGCACCCAAAUCCAGGAUAUGGUACAGCAUUGUCGAACAUGUGCUAUGCAUAUGGUCAAUAAACCUGAACCGUUGUUCCCUACAUCGUUUCCAGAAAGACCAUGGCAAACUUUGGCAAUCGACUUUUUCAAAUGCGAGAACAUUGAUUACUUAAUUGUAGUUGAUUAUUUUUCACGGUAUGUCGAAAUCUGUCCUAUGAAGAAGAAUAAGACAGCAACCGAAGUUUGCAGAGUCUUGAAGUCCAUUUUCUCGCGACAUGGUAUCCCAGAGAGAGUUAAAUCAGAUAAUGGACCCCCUUUCGAUAGCGGCGAGUACCUCCAUUUCGCGAACGAGUGGGGAUUCGAAGUUCGUCACAGCAGUCCGAAGUACCCUCAGUCAAAUGGUGAAGUAGAACGAGCCGUACAAACCAUAAAGAGACUGCUCAAGAAAGAGAAAGAUAAAGAAAAAGCUUUGUUAGCUUACCGAUCUACACCGUUAUCCUGUGGAUAUUCCCCAGCCGAGUUGCUGAUGGGAAGGAAGAUUCGUACGAUACCAACAUUCCAUAAAGCUAAUGAGAAGCUAAUGCGCAUGCAUGCCCAAUUUCUAUCUUGACAAUACGUGUUCUUUCCCAACAAUAACGCGAAAGUGUCAGAACCACUUCCAACCAGAGCAUGCCAGCUACCCACAGUAGAUUCGUCGUGGGAACACUAAUGUGGCCGCCAUUGGCUUCAUUUAUGCAUGGCAAGCAGAUCAAUGAAACAGCUUCUUAUAAUAUAGUCAUCUUUCUCCCCCCGGUUACAUCAGGUGCUGCCAUAGAAAUAGUAGAUAUCUAUUAUUUCUAUGGUUGCUACGCACUUGAAUUUGUCACACAGCUGCAACUAUACAAAUUAAACGGUAAUUUUAUAUUUUAAACUUGCAACAAUCUUUGACAUUCGCAUUCAAGGGUAUCAUGUACACACACCCACCAGCGAAAAAAUAUGAUAAAGUUUUUAUCUUUUGGCGUAGGAAGAGAAACUGUUUAG